GCUCCCGGGAGGAGGAAGGACGUCGGGCCCCGCGACGCGUGGUGCGCGAGGUGUGUGGUGCGGCCGCGUGGCCUCAGGCCCUCGCUGUCUACACCGCCCAUUGCACGCGGGUGCCGGGGCCAGCGGAGGUACAAGGGCGCCAGGGGGUGCCUGCAAAGCCCAUACCGCCAGAAGCCGCUGUGAGGGCAAGUCCUCACAUCGGGCCUCUGGGAUCCCCACGCUCCAUUCCCAGAAACCUUCGCGCCGAGAGGUCUCUCUUCAAAGGAGUUGGGCCGGGUGGCCGGAACGUGCGGGGUACAGCUUUGCAGGGGCCUUCCCUGAAGCCGUGCUUUCUCCUCCAACCGCGAUUCCCUUGGUUCUGGACAGGGAGGGCAACCGCUCAGGCGUUGGCCCACCUGUGCUGCUUUGCUUAACCUCUCGUCGCGAGGCAGGACAUUGGGAGGAAGGAAGCAAGACAGCCUGGACAGAGGACUCAAGCAUAGAGAGGACAACAGGAGCAAACCCUACUGCAAAGUUAUUCCAGUUUUGACGUGAACUAUUUGGACCCUCAGUGCCACCUGACAGAAAACUGCAUUCCAGGAAAGGAACACAGCUGUGCAGUGAGUGUGGGGGGGGUCUCAGUGCAAAAAAGCUGGACAUGUAGUAAGCCUUAAGUCAGAAUAUCCAGUUUGUUUGGGGGAGGGGUAGAAUGCUUAACUAUCCUUGUUCCAUUGUUAGCAAGGUAAUUAAGCAGACAGAUAAACUUAGAGGCCACAUUCUUUCCCAACUUCCAGGGUCAGUCAGGCUCACUUUGGUCAAGUACUUCAGAGCCCAGGGUGGCAAUGUCUUCCUUAUUUCUGUGAGAGACCUUCCCAUUAGAUCCAAAGGCUUCUCCUCUUUAUUGUGCACCCUCUGCUGGUUAGUGUGAUAGAGUGAACUCAGAGAAAAGAAGAUGCAUAUGACUUCCUAGAGAUAAUUUUAUACCAAGUCUGUUUCUUUCAAAAUGUAAAACUGAAAAUUAUACCUAUGGAACUUGAAUGUGGUGCUUAGAAAGAAUAUGAGUAGUCCGCACUGUAGCAGUUGAGUCUCAAUGGUAAUGUGAAUGAGGAAAGUUGAAGGAGGAUAGUAAUAAUAAUAAUAAUAGCUACCAUUUGGGGGUGGGUAAUUAUUUUGUGCUAGAUAGUCACUGUGCUAAGCAAUUUUACCUGCAUUGACUCAUUUAAUCUUCAAAACAGCCCUAAGAGGUAAGUACAUCAUUCCCAUUUCAUGGAUGAGGAAAAUACUCAGAGAAGUUAAGUCACCUGCAUGAGAUUAUAUAGCUAGACUAAUCAACAGAGCUGAGAUUCAAGCCUAGGCUUAUCUCUGAGCUCCCACAUGUAACCACUAUGAUGAUUUUCUUUCUUGAGAUACCCUUGGCACAAUUUCUAGGCUGCUGUUUCCUCAACUCAUACUGUCAUCUCUCACUUUCAAAAUUUCCCUGCCAUUUCAAAGACAAAAAAACAAAUUAGUUAUAACUGCACCUCUGAAAUGUAUUAUCUCAUCUACAGGAAUCUGAUCCGUGAAACCUAGGUUUUUUAAGAGACUACCAACAUGUGCUCUCCUGCCAGUCCCAAAAUCCUAUACAGGAACCCCCGGUUCCUCCGGUUAGCUUUUCUGCAACUUCAUCACCAGCAGCAGAGUGGUGUGUUCUGUGAUGUCCUUCUGCAGGCAGAAGGUGAAGCAGUCCCAGCCCACUGCUGCAUCCUGUCAGCCUGCAGCCCCUUCUUCACAGAACGCCUGGAACGGGAGAGACCAGCUCAGGGUCGGAAGGUGGUGCUGGAGCUGGGGGGCCUAAAGAUCAGGACACUUAGGAAGCUGGUGGACUUCCUGUAUACCUCAGAGAUGGAAGUAUCUCGAGAGGAAGCCCAGGAUGUGCUUUCUGCUGCCCGUCAGCUCCGUGUAUCUGAGCUAGAAUCCCUUCAGUUAGAGGGUGGAAAGUUGGUGAAGGCCCCACAGGGCAGAAGAUUGAAUCGAGAGUGCUUACAACCACCAGCUGCUGCACCAAUCUCUGCCAGAGUGGUGGUACCAAACCGCCGCCCUCGAACUCCACUGCCUACUACCCAGACUCCCUGUCCUCUUGGGGCAGUGAGAUUGAAGUCCUCAGGAAAGGAGGAGGGGUCCCAGGAGAAAAAUAACCGACAGAAUGCAGAGAACUUAUCUGGUACUCUUCUGCUCAAGAGGAAGGCCAGAACCUGCCCAACUCCACAAGAAAAAAGCUCUUCAGGCCACAGUCAGGGGCCUAAGGACAAUAAGAAUGACCCUGCUGUUGGUCCUACAGCACUUUCCCCACCUAGCUUGUACCCUUCUGUGGAUGAGCGACUAUUACCCAGAAAGAUCAGGCUAAGUCGCUCAAAGCCAUCUCCUGAUAUCUGUGCAUCGAAUCCUUCCAGCAUUUUAAGUGGACCCAGCUCAGUGCCUGCAGCCCCUGGCCGGCGUCUUUGGCGACAAAGGAGUAUAAAUAAAGAAGCACCAGAGGACAAGCAGAAACCAGGGAGAGCUAGUCCUCUACAAAGCACUCCAAGCCCAUGUGGUCUUGGGAAGACAGGUGGGAACAAGAAGCGGAGCCCUGAAGUCAGGGCACCUAACUCAGACUCUGCAGAAGAGGGGCAGGUUGGGAGAGUGAAACUUCGGAAAAUUGUUAACGGGACCUGCUGGGAGGUGGUACAAGAGCCUCCCCUCAAAAACUCUCAAAAUAGCCGCCAGAUCCCAGAACCUGGAGGAGACUUAGAAGAGCCUUCAGGGACUCAGUCAUCCUCACUUAAAGAGCAGGAAGUGUCAUCUGCUAGAAUAGAACUGUGUCAGGACUCCCCUGUGUGCUCCAGGAUACAAGACAUUCUGCUUUCUGCUAGCCACUCCCCAGACCACCCAGUGGUAAAGUCCGAGUUUGGGUCCAGUCCAGAGCUGGUAGGGAAGGAACCUGUGUUGGAUAUCGACUGCAGAGAGCCCUAUGCCUUUGAUACAGCCCUACUGGGGCAGCCCUGUGAAGCUGAGGAGUAUCGAAUCACAAGUGCUGCUGCCACCAGUGAGCUGGAAGAGAUCCUGGACUUCAUGCUUUGUGGCUCAGACAUUGAGCCACCUAUAGGGUCUCUGGAGAGUCCUGAGGCUGAGGGCUGCAGAACCCCUAGUUACCACCUGACAGAAACAGGAAAGAACUGGAUUGAAGGGGAAGAAUGGUGUUUGCCAGACCUGGAACUCUGGCCCAGGGAGCUCACAGGAUUGGAAAAGGAACCUGUUGAUGAGAACAAAGAGCAAAUGGAGCCCCUUAGCCCCCUUGUCAUGCCCUCUGAGAACAAAGAGCCAGUUGAGCCCCUUAGCCCUCUUGUCAUGCCUUCUGAGAUGAGUGAAGGAGAGGUGCUUCCAGUGGGAGGCUCUUGGACUCCAGACAUUGAAAUUACCAGCUCCCAGCCACUGGAUGGUCAGGGAGACAAACUUCUCCAUGUUGACUCCCUUGACCCUCCCCAAAGGUCUUAUGAGGACCUCUCACCUCCCGGCUCAAACUGGGUGGAGACUGGGCUAGAAGUGUCCCUAACUAUGGAUGAGGUAUAUCCUGCUACAGGGGCAGGCAAGGAGGUAUUUAGUAACUCUGAGCUACUGGGCCCACUUGCCAUCAGCUCUGAAGAGGAAGAGAUUGAUGUGGUGGACUGGACAACAGAGGGGAAGCUAGUUCCCACUAGUAUUCCUUCUGUAUGGCCUGACCCUUCCUCAGAGUCAGAAACAGAGGUAGAUAUAUUAACGUAGUGGAGGGGGUUAGGGGCCCUGGGCAGGUGGGAAGUGUUGGCUAGCAAAAGGCUUAUUGGCAAAGAAGCUAGCACAUGCUCUCUCCUCUUAACACAAGAGGCAGGUGUACCCUUGGCUAUUUGUAGGUCCCUUCCUCCUCUCCUCAGGCCUUGGGAAUCAGGCAGAAGUUAAGGAGUACCAUGGGUAGAAAAUUAUGAACUUGAACCAUCUUAUUUCUUUGUAAUGUUUUCCAGUUAGUGACAAGUGAAACAAUAAACUGUGUGGUCCCCAAUCCUAGUGAGUCAUAGGUAAUAGCCAAGGCCAGUCCUCUCAGGUCGUGAGACCUCUAGUCACUGCUAAUUCAGGAAAAGCUGAGAACACCUUCUGUGGUGGGGUUCUCUGUAAGAGAAAAUGUUCCAGAAGAAGGUAUGAAGCAGCGAUGGGCAGAACACUAAGUGGGCUGGAGUGAUGAAAUGUUGUCAGGUACCUAAUGUGUGGUGGGGCUUAUUCAUUGCCAAUAUGUAAACUCUAGCUAAAACCUCUACAGGGGCCACGAAGAUGUACUUCCAUCAUCACUUCCAAGAAGUGAGUUGAAAAAGAUAGAGUUGUUUUUUAAAAAAAUAAAUGAUUUACUCCCAUAGUUUUCACAGAUAUUUCACAUGCUUUGCCAGGUCAAAUGGCCACCUUGGGCUAU